AUGUUGUCAAAUCAAUCAGAUGAUGAGAUUUCUUUUUAUAAUUUUGAAUAUCAUAAAGAGGCAAAUUUACCACGGAUAUUGACUGAUGGGCCACUAAAGCUAAAAAAAAAAUCUUUUAUGAAUGACAGUUUUCUUUCAUCAGAAAGUUCUAUCAUAAGUAAGGCCUAUUCGUAUUCAAGUCUUUUGUCGAUUAAAACAGCCUCAUCAAUUCUAUUUAAUAAAGAAAAACAAGAGGAUGUAGAUUCAGAUGAUUUGUUGUCACCAGUUCUUAGUAAUUCGGUUAAUUGCUCAGCAUCUGAAAUGUAUUUGACUAAAGCUAUAUUUUAUUCUUCUUUUCAAAUACAUGCUUUAAAAUCUCAUACAGCAAAUAUAUUGGAAAACGAAAUUUUUGUUUUUGGAGGCACUAAUGACUUUGAGUGUUUAAAUAGUAUUUUUGUUUUUGAUUUAGAUACAAUGUAUUGGCAUUUUUUAAAAAUAAAUGGGAAGCCUCCUAUGCCUUGUCAAAAUCAUACAGCAACCAAUGUUGGGAAAAAUAUUGUUAUUUUUGGAGGAAACGACGAAAAAACAUAUUAUAAUACAGUACAUGUGUUUGAUGUAACAAGAUAUUAUUGGUAUACUCCUAUUACAUCGACAGUCAAGCCUAUUCCGAGAAAAGGCCAUACAGCGUGCUUUUAUAAUUCUUCUAUUUAUUAUUUUGGCGGUGAAACAGAUACCAAAGCAUUAAAUGAUCUUUGGAAAUUAGACUGCUCUGAUCUAGAUUUUCCAAUAUGGUCAGAAGUAGAAACAACAGGACACAAGCCAUCUCCUAGGGCAUACCAUUCUGCUAACAUCAUAGGAUCCAACAUGGUUAUAAUUGGAGGAUCGAACAACAUAGAUGUUUUUGGUGAUAUAUUUAUAUUGAAUAUUGAAAAAUCCCUCUGGAUUAAAGUGAAUAUACAGUUGUCGUUGCCAAGAUUAGCUCACAAUUCUACUAUUAUAGGUCCAUAUUUGUUUAUUUCAGGAGGGCGUGAUAAACUGUCAUAUUUUUCUGACAUUUCUUUGUUGAAUAUAACUACCAUGAAAUGGGAAAAAAAAAAAAUUAAUUCUGCCGUAUCGUUUGAAAGAGCACACCAUGCAUCGGUAUUCAGCGAUUUUAGACUGUUCUUUAUAGGCGGUACUGACGGAAAAACUUUGUUUUCCGAUAUUUAUUUCGUUGAGCUAGCAAGCAUGGCUUAUUACUCUUCAAUGACUGGUGCUGAAAUAGAUCCAGCAAUACUUGAUCCUGGCACUGAUCUCGGCUAG